CGAGCGGAGAGCGCGCAGCUGAGCGCACCUCGACGGUCGAGCAGCAUCAAGUGCCGCAGGCUCGAGUAUCUGACUGGUCCCCAGGAGCGCGAGAAGCCGCAGCCAUGUCGUCCCCGAGGGAAGUGGCGAUAGGCAUCGACCUGGGCACCACGUACUCAUGCGUGGGCGUGUUCCGGCCCGGCCGCGUGGACAUCCUCCCCAAUGACCAGGGCAGCCGCACGACGCCCAGCUACGUGGCCUUCACCGACACCGAGCGGCUGGUCGGAGAUGCGGCCAAGAGCCAGGCGGCGCUGAACCCGCACCACACCGUGUUCCACGCCAAGCGGCUGAUCGGGCGCAAGUCUGGGGACGCGACUGUGCAGGCGGACGUGAAGCACCGGCCCUUCCAGGUGGUGAGCGAGGGCGGCAAGCCCAAGGUGCGCGUGUCCUACCGCGGGGAGGACAAGGCGUUCUACCCCGAGGAGACCUCGUCCAUGGUGCUGAGCAAGAUGAAGGAGACGGCCGAGGCGUACCUGUGCCAGGAAGUGAGGCACACUGUGAUCACGGUGCCCGCCUACUGCAACGACUCGCAGCGCCAGGCUACCAAGAACGCGGGUGCCAUCGCGGGGCUCAACGUGCUGAGGCUCAUCAACGAGCCCACAGCGGCCGCCAUCGCCUAUGGGCUGGGCCGGCGGGGCGCCGGAGAGCGCCGCGUGCUCAUUCUCGACCCGGGCGGGGGCACCUUCGACGUGUCGGUCCUCACUAUUGACGCCGGUCUCUUUGAGGUGAAGGCCACGGCGGGAGACACCCACUUGGGUGGAGAGGACUUUAACGACCGGCUGGUGCACCACUUGACAGAGGAGUUCCGACGGAAGCACGGGAAGGAUCUGCGCGGGAACAAGCAGGCCCCACGCAGGCUUCGCACAGCCUGUGAGCGCGCCAAGCGCACCCUGUCCUCCAGCACCCGGGCCACUCUGGAGAUCGAUUCCCUGUUCGAGGGCGUGGACUUCUACACGUCCAUCACUCGAGCCCGCUUUGAGGAACUGUGCUCGGACCUUUUCCGCAGCACCCUGGAGCCAGUGGAGAAGGCCCUGCAGGACGCCAAGCUGGACAAGGCCCACAUUCACGACGUUGUUCCAGUGGGCGGCUCUACUUGCGUUCCCAAGGUGCAGAAGCUGCUGCAGGACUUCUCCAACGGCAGGGAGCUGAGCAAGAGCAUCAACCCGGAUGAAGCAGUGGCCUAUGGGGCUGCUGUGCAGGCAGCAGUGUUGAUGGGAGACAAGUGUGAGAAAGUGCAGGAUCUCCUGCUGCUGGACGUGGCUCCGCUGUCCCUGGGGCUGGAGACAGCAGGUGGAGUGAUGACCACGUGGAUCCAGAGGAAUGCCACCAUCCCUACCAAGCAGACCCAGACUUUCACCACCUAUUCGGACAACCAGCCUGGGGUCCUGAUCCAGGUGUAUGAGGGUGAGAGGGCCAUGACCGGGGACAAAAACCUGCUGGGGCGCUUUGAGCUCAGUGGCAUCCCUCCUGCCCCUCGUGGGGUCCCCCAGAUAAAGGUGACCUUUGACAUCGAUGCCAAUGGCAUCCUGAGUGUGGUGGCCACCGAUAGGAGCAGAGGCAAGGCCAACAAGAUCACCAUCACCAAUGACAAGGGCCGGCUGAGCAAGGAAGAGGUGGAGAGGAUGGUUCAUGAGGCUGAGCAGUCCAAGGCUGAGGAUGAGGCCCAGAGGGACAGAGUGGCUGCCAAAAACUCCCUGGAGGCUCAUGUCUUCCAUGUCAAGAGCUCCUUGCAAGAGGAAAGCCUUAGGGACAAGAUUCUUGAAGAGGACAGGAGCAAAGUACAAGACAAAUGUCAGGAAGUCCUUGGCUGGCUGGAGUGCAAUCAGUUGGCAGAGAAAGAGUAGUAUGAGCAUCAGAAGAGGGAGCUGGAGCAAAUCUGUGGCCCCGUCUUCUCCAGGCUCUAUGGGGGGCCUGGUGUCCCUGGGGGUAGCAAUUGUGGAGCUCAAGCCUGCCGGGGAGCCCCCAGUACUGGCCCCGUCAUGGAAGAGGUCGACUGAAUGGCCCCUCCUGACAAGUCAGCUCUGACUGUAAGGGCUGGGCUUAUGGGCCCCCUAGACUUCUGUGACCCUGCCCUGUCACUUCAGGAACGGGAGUGGAGGGGAAUCUUUCCCCCAAACAGGGUGCUUUCUUCUCAGUAUGUUUCAUAACUGAGGUCUUUGUCCUUUGACUUUUUUUUAAUCUUCUUCUCUCACAUUAAACAAGCAGAACUAAUUAUUAUUCACAUGUGUGUGGCAUGUUAAUAUUGCUAUUACCUACAUUUUGUGUAUUUUGUUACUUGCGUGUACGGAUUUUGUUAUGUGAAAUAUAGAUCUAAGUAAACUUUUAAAGCUCCUUCUUAGUUUUCAUUCCAACCAGUUAAGUACAUGAAGGGGCAAGGCUUUCAGAAGCAGAAAAUGCUGGUUGGUAUCUGAAGGAGGGAUGUGAAGAAAAUUCACAAGGCUGUGUGAGAUUUCUAUUGGUGAAAACAGGGUUAAGGGGAAGAGUUUGAGGCAGGCACAUUGAGACAGUACCGAAAUGUGAGGGCUGAUAGGAGACCUGUGACUUGUGCUUGAAGAGGGAGGGAGGUGAGUUGGAAAAUCAGAGAACUGAGAGAAACUUAAGUCCUAGCAAGAUUCCCAUAUAUGACCCUAAGAUAAAAAUUCUAUUUUGUGAGCCUAGUGUAGCUGUCAGUCUAUGUGUCCUAAUACACUGACAAAUAGUUUAUAUGCUAAUUAGCUGUCUCUAAUUAUGUUACUUUAUCCAUUGUUCUUUUAGAGAACAGACCCCAAGUCUUGGCUCUGGGAAAUAGUACAUGUUAGACUAAGAUAGGAGGUCUAGAGAUGUGAUUCAAGAUAUUAUUGAUCUUAUCUAUGUGCGAGAAAUAGCAUGGUCCCAUUCGAUUUCUGCUGAUGGGCCCUAGGAUAGUAACAAUAAUAGCAACCAUGUAACAUAAUGUCUAUACUGGAACCAAACUGCUUAGGUUUUCAGCUCUGCUACUUUAUAUAUUUUGUAAGUUAAACUUUCUGAGCUUCCGUUUCCCCUUCCAUAUAGUGGAGAUGAUGAUUAUGAUAAUAGUACCUAUCUCAGGAUUGUUUUGAGGGUUCAAUUAUUAAUAUAUGUAAGAGGUCAAGAAGAAUGUUAGGCGUAUAGUAUAUGAGCAACAAAUAUUAGCUAUGACCAAUUAUUAUUAGUUGAGUGUCAACUAUGUACCAGGUACUUGAAAUACCCAAUCUAAUUUAAUCCUCACAGCGACAUCACAGGGUAUAAUCCCUUUUUGAAGACGAGGAUUCAGAGGUUUGAAGAGGUUAAAUAAUUUACUCAAAGUCACACAGCUAUUAAGUGUGUGUGUGGGGGGGGCGGUUGGAAUUAAGAACCCUGUCCUGCCUGAUUCUAGAGCCUGUGCAUUGUCACCUCACAAACAGGCCAUAACUCCAAUUAUUACCAGUUCUUUCCCCAGAUUUUGUGAAAUUGGACAUAUUAAAACUUUAGAACACAGUUGGAUACUGAGCCCUGAGAGAAAAAGCAUAUAUUUACAUUCUUCGUUAAGUGAAUAUUAUGUGUUUUUUGCAGCAAGUGACUGACCUAGGAAAUAUCCUCAGGCUCAAGUUUACUGCCAGUUAAGUAAAUGACAUAUAAGAGCAAGGAUAAACUUGUGUGAGUUAGUUCCCAGUCAACGUAAUCCACGCUGUUUCUUAUUUGAGCAAAAGAUGAUUUAUUUUUAUCUCAGAAAUGAAGGUGGGCUUGGCUAGAGCAAUGCUACAUUAUAUUUAGCUAAAUGUAAUC